UGUAGAGAUGUAAGCAGUUUAUGUUUUUGUGUUUUGUAAAUAAUUUAAAAUACUAAACAUAUUUUAUCUAAUUUAAGAAAUUCAAAAUAUUAAAAAUGUACUCUACGCUUAGAUUAUUCCGCCACAUACGGAUAGUUCCUGCUGAUUUGCGUGGUUGCUUUUGUACCCAUAAAAUGCCGUUAGUCACGAGGCAAUCUAUUAACCUGUAUGAUAUAGAGCAGCAACAUAAACAGAUUUUACACAUCGAUGAGCAAUCCGUUUUGGAGCCGGUUCCCGAGGAUCAAACCGUUGAGAUUCAUCCCUAUACGCGACCGACCUUCAAUUUUGCUGCUUACGUGAAUAGGUCAGAAUCACUAAAAAAGCUCGUCCAACUUGGUGUAGAUUUGCAUAAAUUAGAAAAACGGAAAGGAAUCCCUCAAUUUUUGAUGCAGUUGGAUUUUGAGAAGAACAUGAAACAGCACUUGGUUUUUCUGGCUGAAAUUGGUGUGAAUGUGGAACAAUUUGGAGAAUUCAUCACCAAAAAUCCUUUGAUAUUCAAGGAAGAUCUAGGGAAUUUGGAAGUUCGGGUAAAUUACUUAGAAUCAAAACGAUUCCUUCCAGAGCAAAUAACGAGAAUUGUAGUGCAGAACCCAUUCUGGCUUAUGAUCAGCACUCGUCGUAUCGAUCGACGAUUGGGAUUUUUUCAAAAAACAUUCGAAUUGAGAGGCGAUGAAGUUCGUUCCCUAACAGUGAAACAACCAAGGAUUAUAACGUACAACCUGGAACACAUACGGAAAAGUACUUUCUCCAUUAAGGAGGAGAUGGGAUUCGAUGCUCAGGAAACGAAAGCAUUAUUGCUGAGCAAACCAAAGUUGUGGAUGAUUAAUCAAGACAAGCUGCAAUAUCGGUUCGACUUCGUGCAUCAAAGGAUGCAAGUUACGCAUGCAGAAAUUCUAAAACAUCCGGAAAUUUUGGAAUCGAGAGAUCACCGAACCAAGCAAAGGCAUGGCUUUUUGAAGUUUCUUGGAAAGGCUCAGUACGAUCCAAGCAAGGAUUUGUACAUUUCUUUGAAAACGUUAGUAGAAGGUACAGAUCAAGAGUUUGUAAUCAAUACGGCGAAAUCGAGCAUGCAAUGUUUCGAUGAUUAUUUGAAGACUUUGUAAUUUGGAUUUUUUUAAAUAAACAAUUUAGGCAAGAUUUUUGUUACUCUGCCAUUGUUCAA